AUGGUGGAAUCCCAGACCACAAGCACCCAAAUGGGGCGGGCACACCCCUACCCCAAGACUCUAAGGUAUUUUGGGCCAAGGGGUCUGCUCUCUCCGGGUUCAGGCACAGGUCAUGGAGAAGUUGGUUCUGGGGCACCUCCUUCCGCUGAGAGGAACUGGGCAGGCCAGGCCAACAGGUCCAGCGGCAUAGCCAAGCCGACACUCACCUCCAGCAUAAAACCCCACUUCAUGGAGCCCUGCACCUUGAGCCGGUGCUCACGGACCUCCGGCUCCCACUGCGCCCCCGCCCGGUGCCCCCGCCAGGCUGAGACCAUGAGGUGGCGGCCAGCCAUGGCCCUGCUCCUGUGGUUUGGGACUCAGGGAGUUGCAGCAUCAAGUGUGUGCGGGCACCCAAGAAUGCUGAACCGGAUGGUGGGCGGCCAGGAUGCCUUGGAGGGCGAGUGGCCCUGGCAGGUCAGCAUCCAGCGCAACGGAAGCCACUUCUGCGGGGGCAGCCUCAUCACAGAGCGCUGGGUCCUCACGGCCGCGCACUGCUUCUCCAACACCUCCCAGACAUCCCUGUACCGGGUCCUGCUUGGGGCGCGGCAGCUGGUGAGGCCAGGCCCACACUCCAUGUACGCCCGGGUGAAGCGGGUGGAGAGCAACCCCCUGUACCAGGGCAUGGCCUCCAGUGCCGACGUGGCCUUGGUGGAGCUGGAUGCCCCGGUGACCUUCACCAACUAUAUCCUCCCCGUGUGUGUGCCUGACCCCUCGGUUGUCUUUGAGACGGGCUUGAACUGUUGGGUCACCGGCUGGGGCAGCCCCAGUGAGGAAGACCGCCUGCCCAACCCGAGGGUCCUGCAGAAGCUCGCAGUGCCCAUCAUCGACACACCCAGGUGCAACCUGCUCUACAGCAAAGAUACUGAGUUCGGCUUCCAGCCGAAAGCCAUCAAGGAUGACAUGCUGUGUGCCGGUUUUGCCGAGGGCAAGAAGGAUGCUUGCAAGGGUGACUCAGGGGGACCCCUGGUGUGCCUGGUGGGCCGGUCGUGGCUGCAGGCGGGGGUGAUCAGCUGGGGCGAGGGCUGCGCUCGCCGGAACCGCCCAGGUGUCUACAUCAGGGUCACCUCCCACCAUGCCUGGAUCCAUCACAUCAUCCCAGAACUACAAUUCCAAAAGGCCGGGACCGGUGGCCUGACGCGGGAGCCCCGGGGCCAGCAGCCCUCCGUUCAGAACUCUGUGCCGGGCCUGGCGGCCCACGCGGGCCUCUGGGCCUGGGCCCUCGCAGCCCUGCUCACCCUCCUCUGA